UACACAAGCAUGGAAGCAACAAUCCCUUCAGUAGUAUGGAGGGAGACAAUUAGUAAUGGGGUUUUACCGAGAUAUUGUGAACUAAAAACGGUAAAGGAAGGGGAUGAUGACAGCGAGGAGGCAGUCUUUAUUGUGGACACCGAUAGUUCAGAUGGUGAAGGAGUGAUCGAGUUAAGUGACCGGAAACAUCAGAGCAGCUGUAAAUGGCUCAGCAGGGAAGGAUCUCCUCCACUUCUCUUGGCAUUCACCUCUGGACGGGCUCCGGUGGAGAGCAGCUGCCCCAGUCCAGCUUCCAGUACUGCCUUACAGGAGGAGGAGGAGGAGGAGGAGGAGGAGGAGGAGGAGGAUGAUGAUAGUGAGCAGCCCGUCGAGGAGUGGAUGAUCCUGGGAGGAGAGGAGCAGGUGGGAGACUCAAGCAUCCAGCUCAACCUUGGCCACUGGAGCAGCUCUGAGGAUGACUCUGGAGAUGAAGAUCCAAAUUUUAAGUCAGUUAAAGAUACUUGGGCUGUAUCAGAAAAAGACAAGGGUGGCGCUGAUCAGUCUCUGUCCAGCCGCUAUUUUGGGCCUGGUCGUUCUCUGAUCUGUCAAAUCUGCAACAGGACGGGACACCUUGCCAAAAGCUGCUACUACCAUAAGAAAUGUCCCACCUGCGUCCUUUGUGGGGUCAAGGGGCACAUCCAGAAGAUAUGUCCAAGCCGCCCCUGCCCCAGCUGUGGGCUGCCUGCACAUGGCCUCAGGCUGUGUGAAAAGCCCCCAGUAUGGAACCAACACUGCCAACGUUGUGGGAUGACAGGACACCUCUCUGAUGCCUGUCCUGAUACAUGGAGACAAUACCACUUGACGAUUCGGUUAGAGGUUCCACUCAGGCCACGGACCGUCCGCAGGUUCAAACAUAAGAGAUGCCUCGCUCAUUGUUACAACUGCUCUAAGAGGGGACAUUAUGGCUAUGAAUGCACUAAAAGGAGGAUGGUCAGUCGGACUUUUCCUUCACUGCCUUACGUUUGCCACUAUGACACCAUUGAUGACAUCCUCCAAUGUCGUACCGGGAUGCAGGGAAAAGCCAAAGAGCUUGUGAGUGCUGGAUCCAUGGGUACUUCUGACCAGCAUCACUUGUCUGAACCAACAGGGGAGAGUGGUGAGGAGAAUCAGCCGAUCAAGGGGAGGAGCAGAACAAAGCAGGAGACCUGUAGACGAGCUGGCAGGAGGAAGACAUGGCCAGAGAGGCGCAGAGAGAGACAGGAGAAGAAGAGACUAAGGAGAGGGGCUCAAUCCAGACGAGAAGGAGGACUACUGGAGAGGUCCUGGCGUAACUCUGAUGACGAAGCAUGCCACUCAGACCCCUUCAAGUCUCCCCUCCAUGGUCACCGGCAGUCCGCACCCCCACCACAGAAGAGGAAGAGGGAGGAGACAGGUGGCAGAAAGAGUAGGAAGAGCAAAGAGGCGGAGAGGUGGAAGAAGAGACGAGGGAUAAAACGUGGGGAUUUGUAUCCUCAUGGCAACAUAGACAUCGGAAGUGAAAACCUUCUCUCACCAAAGCAAAGAGUACGCCACAGAAGAAGAUAAAGUGUGAUUGUUUUUUAUAUUCUUUAGUUUUAAAUAGUGAGAAUUGUAACUGGAUAACAAAAAAUAUUUUGUAUCUUGUGGUCUUUUGAUUGAUUCAUUUAUUUAUUGUUAAUACAAAAACUGUUGAAUGGCAUAUACAGUUUCUGUUACUGGUAUGAAUGUACUUUUGUACUGUAAGUACAUUUACUACUAUUACACCGGCUGGGCCAAAUUUGAACUUUUCAACAUACAGUAUUUUGGAAUAUAUUUUUACACAUCAUACCUCCUUUUUUGGAACAUUUAUAUGAUGUGUGUGAGUGGUUUGUUAUCUCCCUAAAUAUAAUGCUAGGUUUAGAGUAACAUAUCAUUUUCUGUAAUUAAAUACUUGAAAUCGGGUCAAAGGUACAGACCUUUGAUUGGCAUUUGUAAAGCAUUUACAGUAUCUUGGAAAGACAACGACAAUAAACAUGCAUUUCU